UCUGCAUCCAGAAACAACUUUCUGGAGCCAUGAUCCGAACGUCUGUACCUGCGUUUGUGCUGCUGAUUUUAACGCUCCAGCUUGUUGCUGAGGUGACGCCACACUCUGGAGAAAAACUGAUAAGAAAAAGGAGAGAGUGGGUCAUCCCUCCAAAAGUUCUGAUAGAAAACCAUGACUACACUGACGUGCCCGCGAUCGUCAAGAUUCGAUCAGAUUAUGCAGACACAUCAAAUAUUCAAUAUUCCAUAAAAGGCAUUGGUGCAAGCGAAUUUCCCUAUCAUGUGUUUGUGGUUGACCGUUACUCUGGAAACGUGCGUAUCACCAAGAAGUUCCUUGACAGAGAGUAUAUCGAUUUAUACGUCCUGUCAACCAUUGCUAUGUAUGAAAAUGGCAGCCUGGCAGAGAAAUUCCUCGACAUACGCAUUAAGGUUGUGGAUGAGAAUGACAAUCCUCCAGUGUUUGGAGAAAUGGAGCCUGUGGAAGUGGCUGAGCAUAGUGUUGUGGGAACUCCAGUGAUGAAUGUCAUGGCAACUGAUGCUGAUGAACCAGGGAACUUGAAUUCGAUGAUUGCCUACAGCAUCAUUGAUCAGAAUCCACCUGAUGGCAUGUUUGGUAUAAAAAAGAACGGCACAAUCUUCCUGAAGAAGUUUCCACUGGACAGAGAAACACAAGACAAGUACAUUCUGACAGUGAAAGGUCAGGACUUAAAUGGCGGAGAUGGUGGAAACACGGGAACUGGAACUGUUACCAUCAUUGUCCGUGACGCAAAUGACAACCUUCCCGCGCUGGAAAAAGAUCAGUAUGAAGGAAGUGUCAUGGAGAACACCCAUGGUGUUGAGGUGAUGAGGCUCAAAGCUCUGGACAAAGACCUGGAGGGCUCCGAGAACUGGGAUGCUGUGUUUGAAAUCGUCAAAGGCAAUGAGGCUGGAUACUUCAGCAUAACAACAGAUCCUGACACCAAUGAGGGCGUCCUGAUGCUAGAAAAGGGCAUGGAUUAUGAAGAUGUGGAGAACCUGGAACUCGGGAUAACAGUGAAGAACAAGGCUCCAUUUAUGGGACCUGAAUCAAACAGUGCCGGUGGUGCAGGAGGUGCCGGGGGGCCAGGUGGUGCCGGCGGUGCAGGAGGUGCCGGCGGUGCAGGUGGUGCCGGCGGUGCAGGUGGUGCAGGCGGUGCAGGAGGUGCAGGUGGUGCAGGUGGUGCUGGAGGUGCAGGUGGUGCAGGCGGUGCCGGAGGUGCAGGUGGUGCCGGCAGUGCAGGAAGUGCAGGUGGAGCCAGCAGUACAGGUGGUGCAGGCGGUGCCAGUGGUGCAGGUGGUGCCAGUGGGGCAGGUGGUUCCAGCACAGGUGCUGGAGGGCAAAGUGGAGUUAAAAUCUAUUCUGUCAAAAUCAAUGUGGAGAAUGAACCAGAAGGAGCACAUUUCAAUCCCGUGGUCAAAGCCAUUCCCCUCUCAGAAGGAGAUGACUCCAUCAACUUAAAAGAACCUGUUGCCAUCUACCCUGCAAUGGAUGGAGACACUGGGGAACCAGCUGAGAACGUCAGGUAUGCCAAGGGGUGGGACCCCGCUAACUGGCUCACCAUUGACCCAGAGACAGCUGAGAUCAGACUGAACCAGAUGCCUGACAGGGAAUCUCCGCACCUUGUCAAUGGCACAUAUAUUGCCAAAGUUCUUUGCAUCUCAGAAGAUAUGCCAGCUAAAACAGCAACUGGUACCGUAGCCAUCCAGGUGGAGGAUUUUAAUGACCACUGCCCUACCCUGACCACUGACAGCCAGACUAUAUGUACCACGGAGGACAGUGUUAUUGUCAACGCUUAUGAUGAAGAUGCCUUCCCUAAUGGAGCUCCUUUUGAGUUUAACAUCCUUCCUGAAGGCACUGUGGCAAAAUGGCAGAUCCAGCACCUAAAUGACACUACUACUAUUCUGAGGUCUGAGGAGCCUCUGUGGCCAGGUAUCUAUAAGGUGGAGGUGGAGGUGAAAGACCAGCAGGGACUGGCCUGCCCAGAGCCACAGAAGAUUGAGAUCCAAGUUUGUACCUGUGAGGAUGGAGUGGUGUGUGGAAGACGAGGGGCCAGUGAUCAGGUUGAAAAAGGAGCAGAACUAGGACCUGCAAGCAUCGGACUUCUGCUGCUGGGCCUGUUGAUGCUACUGCUUCUUCCUCUUUUGCUGCUUUUCUGCCAAUGUGGAGGUGCUGCAAGUUUUCCAGAUAUGUUCAGUGAGAUGCCCUUUGACACUAAAUCUCAUCUCAUACAGUACCACACGGAGGCUCAAGGAGACAACGCGGAGGUGCCAUUGUUGAACGUCCCACAAGAGAUCAUUGGCAUGGGCCAGCAACACUUUGUAAAGGGACCUGGGCCAGUUUGGGAAAUGCAGCAAUCGCAGAGUCCAGGUUGGGAAAUGCAGCAGUCGCAGAUUUCCGUGAAUGAGAUGCGAAUGGACCAAAGUGGAGCCUGGGGGAUGGACGGGAGGGGCAACAGGAGUGGCUUCAUCUCUGGGUUUGAGAGCAGAGAAUCAGCAAGAGGUGGAGAAGAUGUGUUCGAUGGCAUGACUCUCUCCCACGCCUUUCUGGGACAGUACUACAAUGAGGUGACCAGCAGAAAUGCAGGCGAUGAAGUGAAGGACAGUCUGCUGAUUUACAACAGUGACGGGGAGUUCUCCACUGCUGGCUCGGUGGGAUGCUGCAGCCUUCUGGAGUCUGACAAUGACCUGGGCUUCCUGGAUGACCUUGGACCAAAGUUCAAGACUUUAGCUGAGAUAUGCGGGGGAAAAAAGAUCUCCAAUGAGCUGAAACAAGAGUUCACUUCUGUCCGCAGCCCUCUUGUAUCGAGUGCUCAGACAGCAGAGUCCAGUUUGAUAACUGCCCGACAGUCCUAUCCACCCAAGCUGCAGUCAGCCGUCGCCAAAGCAGAGCAGACCGUGGUCAGUGACAUCACUGACAGUUCCCAGGUGAUGAGGGAAAGCAUCACUGACAGUUCCCAAGUGAUGAGGGAAAGCAUCACUGACAGUUCCCAAGUGAUGAGGGAAAGCCGGGCUGCGGUGAGGGAAGAGAUGACCUCAGUGAGUUCACAAGUGGGAAAUCAAAGCCAGACGCUCCUCCUGCAGCAGCAGCAGCAGCCGGUUUACUACACAACCACCCCUAUGUUUCAGCCAGUCCACUGUGUCGUCCAGCCACAGUUUCAGAACACCAUGAUAUUGUCUCAGGCACCGUCCACCAGCCUUCAAGAAGUGGUCCUGGUUAACAGCGCUGAAGCUGGACUUUCCCAAGGAGUUAUCUAUCAGGGUCAGUCAAUGAUGACCAGCGGACAAACCCAGGGUCCCGGCAUGGUGUUGGUGGAGAACAAUGGCAUCCAGGGAAGUCAUGCCAACCUGAUCCACACGGGAAACUUCUCAGGUUCCCAGGCCAUGCUUGUUUUGGAUGGCAACGUCCCAUCAGGGACAAUGCAAGUGGUUCAGGAAGUCCCAGCUGGCCUCAUUCAUGAAGGCACUUUACAGCGAGGAACACUACCAGGGUCUCAGAAGGUCCUGAUGGUUGGAGAGUCAACAAGCACCAGAGGGCAGCAGGGUCAGGUGGCCUGGGGUGUCCUUCAGGAGGGUCUCCUUCAGGGGGGUCUCCUUCAGGGGGGUGUCCUUCAGGGGGGUGUCCUUCAGGGGGGUGUCCUUCAGGAGGGUGUCCUUCAGGGGGGUUUCCUUCAGGGGGGUGUCCUUCAGGGGGGUGUCCUUCAGGAGGGUGUCCUUCAGGAUGGUGUCCUUCAGGGGGGUGUCCUUCAGCAGAGUGAGGUUUCUGGCUUCCAAAAGGUCCACAGCAGACAGAAAAGCCCACAUGCUGGCUCUCAGAAAAGCAGCUCUUCCACCACAGUUAACUCCCCCAUCGACAAAGUUAUGAUGCAGGAGUGGAGCGAAAUUCACUGA